AUGCCAACCCGGAUCGGUCGGAUCUCAUCACGUGGGACUCCGAAGAAGACGGGCUUCCCGACGGCGAAGCGGAUCAACAGUUCCGCGGCCUUGAUCGCCUGCGGUACAAAGGAGCGGAAGUCCCACGGGUGGACAGAUCUAUGGGGCCGUUCUACACUUGUCAAGGCCGGUGUCUUCUUCACGGAGACCCGGGAGCCUUUUACACGUCUCGAGGACCGCGCCCGGAACAAAGUGGCUAGGGUAAGGGAGUAUCACAAGAGGUAG